AGAAGAAACACAUGCAUGACGUCUCUUUCCGUUCCCUUUUCUCUCUGGUUUUCAACUUUUUAGCUUCACAAAACUCCAUUUUCGAGAAGACCAAGAAAAACCCAUUUUCUCAAUUCCAUUUUUAUAUACUUUUCUUGGGCCAAUUUCAUUUUUUUGGCUCUUUUUCCGUUCCUGAUCAUCGUUUUUGCUGUUAAUUCAAGUAAAAAGAGGCAGUUGGGGUUGUUAAUUUCAGUAUUUGGGAAGUACCCAGAAUGGGAAAAUUCGAUUUUGGUUGGGUUUUGUUGUUUUUAGUUAUACUUGUUUACCGUGUAAAUGUGGUAUCUGAAGGGGUAAUUAAGGUGAAUUCUAAGUUUGCUGGGUUGGAGACGAAUCUGCGUGCCCUAAAAGCUCAUGAUGAAAUGCGUCAUCUACAUAUUCUCGCCGGAAUUGACCUUCCUAUCGGCGGUACUGGCCGUCCCGAUUCCGUUGGGCUUUACUAUACUAAGAUUGGGAUUGGAACACCUCCAAAUAAUUAUUUUGUUCAAGUGGAUACAGGAAGUGACAUAAUGUGGGUUAAUUGCAUUGCAUGUCAAAGAUGCCCCAAAAGAGGCUAUCAUGAUAUGGAGCUAACACUCUACAAUCCAAGGGAUUCGCUGACUGGUAAACUCGUUGUUUGUGGUCAGUCAUUUUGCAAAGACUUCUACAGAGGUCCAGUGUUAGGCUGCUCUGGUAAUAGUUCUUGUCAUUAUAAACAAAAUUAUGGAGAUGGAAGCUCUUCUAAUGGCUUCUUCGUGGAGGAUGUUGUCCAUUACGAUAAGGUGUCAGGUGAUCUCCAAACUAAAUCAGGAAACGGGAGUGUUAUUUUUGGAUGUGGUGCUUCACAAUCUGCUGACCUGAUUUCCUCUGAUGAAGCUUUUGAUGGGAUUCUUGGAUUUGGGAAAUCAAACUCAUCCAUACUUUCCCAGCUGGCUUCAUCUGGCAAAGUGAAGAAUAUGUUUGCACACUGUUUAGAUGGUGUGAAUGGUGGUGGUAUUUUUGCCAUUGGGAAUGUUGUGCAACCAAAAGUAAACAUGACUUCUUUGGUGCCUAAUCAGCAUUACAGUGUCAAUAUGAUGGCAGUGGAAGUUGGUUAUCAGUUUCUAAACCUGUCUGUUGAUGUAUUUAUGAAUGGAGUUAUAAUUGAUAGUGGAACAACAUUGGCUUAUCUUCCUGAGGUGAUUUAUAGUCCACUAGUGAAAAAGAUAUUCUCCUGGCAACCUGAUCUGAAAUUGCGUUAUGACGAGUAUACAUGCUUUGAAUACUCUGGAAGUGUUGAUGAUGGAUUCCCUCAAGUCACUUUUCAUUUCGAAAAUUCUCUAUCUUUAAGAGUUAGACCCCACGAGUAUCUGUUCCCAUAUGAAGAUUUAUUUUGCAUUGGAUGGCAAAACAGUGGUAAUUUAUCAACGGACAAAUGGAACCUCACACUUUUCGGAGAUUUGUUACUCUCAAAUAAUCUAAUCCUGUAUGAUCUUGAAAACCAGGCCAUUGGUUGGACUGAAUAUAAUUGCUCAUCAAACAUUUCAUUAAAAGAUGAAAUUACUGGAUUAGUUCAUAUAGUAGGUGCUCACACUCUGUCAAGUUGCUCUCGUUUGACAGCGGAAAUAACUCUAACAUUCUUGUUGUUAGUAGCUCUGCUGCACAAUUAUCUAUUCAACUGGUAAAAUCUGGUAAGUAUUAGCUUCUUUGGUACCUGAGACAAGAAGCGUUCGUUCGACUGUUAAAAAAAAUAAAAAAUCUAAGUGUUGAUACAGCAGCUUGUUACUGUCAAGCUGUGUGUGCAUAUUUUACAUUCAGAUGAAAUAUAGAACAGAUUGACAAAGAAUUCCAUUUUGUAUGUAGCUGGUUUAUGUUGCAAAUGCAUAAUGAAAGUGGAGUUCUGGAU